AAAAUUGGGAUAUUGUAGAGCUUGUUUAUUUAGCUUGAAAUAUCGCAAUUUUAAACUUUUUAUUUAAUUUUAGACCAAUAUUUGACAAAGUACAAUCUCUAGUGAUAAUGCCGACAUGGACUGUGUUAAGAAAUUUUAAUACGUGAAUAUUUCAUUCUUUAUUUUCGAUCUGUUUCUAAAGAGGAAACGAUGGGUGGCUGUAAAUGUACAUAUAGAAAUUGCACGAUAAAAACAGAUGGAAAAACUCAUAUGUUUCACUAUCCUGUGUUUAACAAGAUUCGAUGUCACCAGUGGAUCAUCAAUGCACGUCGAUAUGAAUUUUUAAACCUUAAAGUAUCCCAAUUAAAGAACAGAGUUGUAUGCCAACAUCAUUUUAAGGAUGACAAUUUUAUGAACUGCCAGAAAGCAAAGUUGACUAUGGAUGCAAUUCCAACAGAAGAUGGUCCAUAUUGUGAUCCUUCAAAGUGGAAAAAAGAUCAAAAUAUAGGAUCAGUACUUCCUCUCUUAACAGAUGAAAUAGAAAAUGAUGUUUUAACACAUGACGAAAAAGUUGCUAACUACUCUAUUAAAUAUGCAGACUUCUUAACCAACUUUGAAUCUGAUUUAUUAAACAGUACCAAUAUAGAUUCAUUUAGCUUAGACUGUAAAAAUCCUGUUGGUGCUGAUCGGAACAUGCGGAAAUGUAGUGAUCGAUUAGUGUUUCAACCAAAUACUAAUAUUAACUCACCAUUAGCUAUUGUUAAUCCAUAUGAUAAAAGUAGUAAGAAACCAAGUAAAGAAAUAACAGUUGAAGAAAUAAUUAUAGAAGAUAAUGUAUUCCCAAAUGAAGAAAAACAAAUAAUUCAAGGUGAUUUUCCUUUGGCAGAGGUUUCUAUGUCCUUAUUAAGUAACAAACAGCAAGAGGAACCAAGAAAAAUCAAACCAACUACAGAAUGUUGUUAUUUAAAAAAUAAAUCUAUGACAACACCAUCAACUCCUGUAAAUAAAACAUCUAAGGUUAAAAUACUAUCAGAAAAAAAAAUUAAGGAUGCUAUAUCAAUACCAAAAAAUCUGCAGCCUAUAUCACCAAGUUCAGUUAUUAAAUUACCAAAUAAGGCUAAACAGAUAAAUGUACCUAUUAGUACUGGCACACAAAUCAGUGUUCUCCCUGUUAAAGGAAAUUUUUUAGUAACUAGAGAACAAAACUUGGUUUGUCCUGUAGAUUCAAACAUAGAAAAGCAAGAACCACCUCAAUAUUCAUUGGAUAUACAAUAUCAGACGUUAGAAAAUGAACAGCCCUCAUACUCAUUAAAUUUAAACUCGCUGAAAUUCGAGCAUCCUUCAGUGUAUACUUUAGAAGUAAAUGAACCACAAGAGAAUUUAUUAGGAACUAAUUCAAUAGUAAUAAAUGAACCAUUUAUACCACAAUCAUUAUCCUCAAAUGAACUCCAAACAAAUACUACACAACCAUUAUAUACAAUAGAUAUCAAUGGAAAGAAACAAAAAUGUUUGCCUAACAAAACAGGGGAUACUAAUAGGCUAGAAAUUCAAACAAUAGGUAAACCAGUAGAUGUAAUUCCCAAUAAAACUGAUACAACAAUGUUAUGCCUUAAUAACUUAUUACCUCAAGAAAAUCAAUCUGUAAUUAAAGUUCUAGAUAACAAAUAUACUGUGAAUGUUGAAUUUGCAACACAAUCGGAAAGAAAUACUAAUAUACCAUCUAAAACGAUUCUAAAACCAAAAGAACUGUCAAUUAUAAAUGAUACCAAAAAGUCAGUGUCACCUUCAAAAGGCAGAGUGAGUCCAAAAAGACUAGCUGUAAUAGAAAAAAAGAGGAAAUUUAAUAAGAAAUUAAUUGAUGCCGUUAUAGCAUUGGAUAACAACAUACACCCGAAACCACCACCAAAAAUUGUAAAAGUAUUGAAAUAUAAAGAUCAAGGAAAGAAUGAAUUGCAAAAAGUUCAGGAGUCAACACAAGUGUCGUCAUAUUUAUCAACGGAAUCAAAGCUGCCCAGUGUUCAUGAAUACACCUUAAAGUUUUUAGAAGAUCGACUGCAACAAAUGGAAAAUAGAUUGUUAGGAAAAAUAGAUCAGAAUUCACAAAAAAUUCAAGAAAUGAAAGAAUCAAUAAAAUCUAAGGCAGAAAAUAAGACUAUGCCCAUACAAGCAAGUGCUAAUGGUAAUCCAGAGACCUACAAGAGACAGUUAUACAAUGAAAUUUCACAAUUUUUAAGUCCGAGUUGCAGUAGUGCUGUCUAUGAAGAGUUAUUUAUAAAUAAGUAUUCUAUUAAAAAAAGUGUGGAUAAUGAUGAAGUUAGCAGUAAGCGGAGACGGUGCAGGUGAUUGUUAUUGUAAUGUUAAGUGCAAAUAAUGUGUAUACAUACAGAACACAAAGUACUGUGUAUUUGUCCCGAAUUUUAAAUACAUGUAAUGAAUGUUGACAAUUGAUUGAUGAAUAACAUUCAAAGUUCAAUUGUUUCGUUGCAAUUAUUUAUUGCUUUGUUUUUUUAGUUUUAAAUUUUUGCAAAAAUGCAUUGAUUCCGAGUUUUGCUACCCUGAUUGAUGACUAAAUAAUGAAAAUAUUUUAUAAGACAUACGUUGCUAUGAUGUUGAACAUUGAACAAAUUAAACAAAAACUUGAAAUACAACUAACAAUCACAAUUAUUUAAUGACUGGGAUAGAAGCUUGGACCUCGAAAUCAAUUAAACCCACUAUAUAAACAGAGAAUAAACUAAGAGACAGAUUGUGUUAAUCAUAUUUUAAAAUAUAUUUUGUAGUAUUUAUUUUUAAGGUUUAAUAAAAAAUAGGUGAGUUAACUUAGCUAUUUUUAACAUGUUUUAACUGCACCUAACUUCCAAUAGCGGUAUAAUUCCAACGUUUCUGUUUUCUCUCAAGAUCUGGAGCGCGGACGUCGCUACCUUGGAAUCUCGUGGUAAAAAACUUAUUGAGAUCGGUAUCACUGUCGCCAUUAACAAUUAGAAGUUACAAAGUAAGGGCUCUGAUCUGUGACAUGCCAGUCUUAAAAUAUUGCCACAAGCAAACAACCCUUUUUAUUUAAUUUUUUGAGAAAAAAUGUAAGAGCCACUGAGAAAUAAGAAACUUAAACAUUUCAAAUUUAUACAUUAAAAAUACCAGCAUGAUGUGUAUAUGAUGCUGUUAAAUGAACAGUAGAUAGUGCAUACAAAAAUAACAAUAUUGUAAUAAUGCCCCAUUUCGGGACUUCACAUAAAGAGAUUGGAAGAAAAGCUAUAACUUUUCUUCCAAUCUUAUCUCAGUACAGAGUUAUUAGAUUUUCUAUUGAAUACAUUAUUAUAGUUUUAAUUUAAUUAAGUUUAUAGGUAUUUUUGUAAAUGACAGUAUGUAUAAUUAAGCUGUA